AUGGCUAGGAAGCUAAGUAAGCCUUCACUAAAGAAACAAUCAUUUUUCAAGGUCCUGCUUGGCGACUUCUAUCAGCAUCUGCGUUUACCACCUGUGUUUAUCGAGAAGUUAGAUGGGCAAUCACUUCCCAAAUGUGCUCUUAGAGGCCCUAAUGGGAAACUGUGGACUGUGGAAUUGGAAGAGAGGGAGAAUGGCUUUGUCUUCCAUGAUGGUUGGCAGGGUUUUGUGAGGGCUCAUUGUUUAGAAAUCGGAAAUUUUUUGGUUUUCGACUUUGAUGGUGACUCAAAGUUUGAUGUCACAAUUUAUGAACCAACUGGCUGUGAAAAGGAUGUAGAAGCAGCCAAGAGGAGAAAUGGUAAUCCUGUUUCCUCUGUCAAAGAUGAAAUUGUUGACAUUGAGACUGAAAACUACAACAAAGAAAGUAAAAGCAAAACCAUCAAUGCUGAAAGAACAAGUCGCAAGUAUGUGAUGUCUGGAAAGAGACCUGCAAAUGACUGUGUAGAAGGAACAUCAACUGGAUCCAUCUUGUUCAAAUCGGAGAAUUCAUGUUUUAUAAAAAUUCUGACGAAAAUACUAUAUCCAGUGACAGUUCCAAAGGAACUAGCCAUAGCUGAAGGUCUUGUGAGGAAGAAGACUGUAAAGCUUCAAGAUCCAGCUGGGAGAUCAUGGAUUGUUAAACUUAGAGUCCACAUGUCACCGUAUCUUCGUUUCGACAUGACGAAAGGUUGGGCAAAAUGUUGUAGAGCAAACCAGAUUUCACAAGGGGACACCAUCGUUUUUGAGUUUGUGAAACCAAGUGUAAUGCAAAUUCAUAUCUACAGAGGAGGAAGAGUGGGAGGCAGUGGGUGUUCUGUUGUACUCGUUAACACCGGCCUGAAAACCUAG